GAAUCGAUUUCUCAUUCGCCUAAAUUUUCUCUCUACUUCAUCCAUGGCGGCUCUAAUCCCUGAAAAUCUCAGCCGUGAACAGUGUCUUUACUUAGCAAAACUCGCUGAACAAGCCGAGCGCUAUGAAGAAAUGGUUCAGUUCAUGGACAAACUGGUUCUCAACUCCACGCCGGCCGGCGAACUCACUGUUGAGGAACGGAAUCUCCUCUCUGUCGCUUACAAAAACGUGAUCGGAUCUCUUCGUGCUGCCUGGCGUAUUGUUUCCUCUAUUGAACAGAAGGAGGAAUCGCGGAAGAACGAAGAACAUGUGCAUCUUGUUAAGGAGUAUAGAGGUAAAGUCGAGAAUGAACUUUCGCAGGUUUGUGCUGGUAUACUCAAGUUGCUUGAGUCAAAUCUUGUUCCCUCUGCUACUACCAGUGAAUCGAAGGUGUUUUACCUUAAGAUGAAAGGUGAUUAUUACCGGUAUCUUGCUGAGUUUAAGAUUGGUGAUGAGAGGAAGCAGGCUGCUGAAGACACUAUGAAUUCUUAUAAGGCUGCUCAGGAAAUUGCACUGACAGAUCUGCCUCCAACACAUCCCAUAAGGCUUGGUCUUGCACUCAACUUCUCUGUCUUUUACUUUGAGAUACUUAACUCAUCUGACAAAGCUUGCAGUAUGGCAAAACAGGCAUUUGAGGAAGCGAUAGCUGAGCUGGACACUUUAGGUGAAGAAUCAUACAAGGAUAGCACCCUCAUAAUGCAACUCCUACGAGACAAUCUCACACUUUGGACCUCAGAUGCUCAGGAUCAGUUGGAUGAAUCUUGAUUGGCAUGGUCUCUAUUUAGGAAUGGGCUAUAAAUGUUGUUUGCUUUGUUGUGCUGACUUAUUGUAUAAGAAAAGACAGCUUCGGUUGACCUAUGUUAUGUUUGAUAAUUUGACUUGUGGUGGUUUGGUACUUGGAAAUCUAGUUGUUAGAUUAUUUAUCUCUUAUGUACUGUGUAUUAGAAAAAACUUAAAUUAAUGCUUGUGUCUUUGAGAAUGAUGUUUCAAAAGGUAUCAUCAUGAAAAUGGGAUACAAAUCUUUUGUGAAUGG